GUGGCGAACUUCCCAGGAGAAGGGGCUCUGCGCGCCAGGGCUGGCGAGAGAGCCGCCGCCGCCGUGAGCUGCGACUCCAGGCCGGCUCCGCGCUGGGAAAGUGGGGUCGGACCUGAGCCCCCGGGAGCGGAGCCGCCUCCCGCCCUCGCCAGCCGCCAGGCGCCCGCGCGGAGCUGAGUCGCCCGCGGCCGCGGCGGCAGCCGGACGGACGGGAGUUCGCUCGCGCCCUGGAUGGCGCUGAACUUGGGGCGGCCAGGGCAGCGCGGCCGUCCGGGGACCGCUGGCUGCUGAGCUCCCUCGCGACACCAGCGGCGGGUCGGCAUUCUUGGGGAAGGGGGACCAGCCGCGCGCCGGCACCAUGUUCCUGGCGACUCUGUACUUCGCGCUGCCGCUUCUGGACGUGCUGCUGUCGGCGGAGGUGAGCGGCGGGGACCGCCUGGACUGCGUGAAAGCCAGCGACCAGUGCCUGAAGGAGCAGAGCUGCAGCACCAAGUACCGCACGCUGAGGCAGUGCGUGGCGGGCAAGGAGACCAACUUCAGCCUGACGUCCGGCCUGGAGGCCAAGGACGAGUGCCGCAGCGCCAUGGAGGCCCUCAAGCAGAAGUCGCUCUACAGCUGCCGCUGCAAGCGCGGCAUGAAGAAGGAGAAGAACUGCCUGCGCAUCUACUGGAGCAUGUACCAGAGCCUGCAGGGAAAUGAUCUGCUCGAAGAUUCCCCCUAUGAACCAGUCAACAGCAGAUUGUCUGAUAUAUUCCGGGUGGUCCCCUUCAUACCUGACGUGUUUCAGCAAGUGGAGCACAUCCCCAAAGGGAACAACUGCCUGGACGCCGCCAAGGCCUGCAACCUGGACGACACCUGCAAGAAGUACAGGUCCGCCUACAUCACCCCGUGCACCACCAGCAUGUCCAACGAGGUCUGCAACCGGCGCAAGUGCCACAAGGCCCUGAGGCAGUUCUUCGACAAGGUGCCGGCCAAGCACAGCUACGGGAUGCUCUUCUGCUCCUGCAGGGACAUCGCCUGCACCGAGCGGCGGCGGCAGACCAUCGUGCCCGUGUGCUCCUACGAGGAGAGGGAGAAGCCCAACUGUUUGAACCUGCAGGACUCCUGCAAGACAAAUUACAUCUGCAGAUCUCGCCUGGCGGAUUUUUUCACCAACUGCCAGCCGGAGUCCAGGUCUGCCAGCAGCUGCCUGAAGGAAAACUACGCUGACUGCCUCCUCGCCUACUCCGGGCUCAUUGGUACAGUCAUGACCCCCAACUACAUAGACUCCAGCAGCCUCAGCGUGGCCCCGUGGUGUGACUGCAGCAAUAGCGGCAACGACCUGGAAGAGUGCUUGAAGUUUCUGAAUUUCUUCAAGGACAAUACAUGUCUUAAAAAUGCAAUCCAGGCUUUUGGCAACGGCUCCGAUGUCACAGUGUGGCAGCCGGCCCUCCCGGUUCAGACCACCACUGCCACGACCACCACAGCCUUCCGGGUCAAGAACCAGCCCCUGGGGCCAGCAGGGUCCGAGAAUGAGAUCCCCACCCACGUGUUACCACCUUGUGCAAAUUUACAGGCUCAGAAGCUGAAAUCCAAUGUAUCAGGCAGUACACACCUCUGUCUUUCUGAUCGUGAUUACGAAAAGGAUGGUCUCGCUGGUGCCUCCAGCCACAUAACCACAAAAUCAAUGGCUGCCCCUCUGAGCUGCGGUCUGAGCCCACGGCUGGUUCUGGUGGUAACCGCCCUGUCCACCCUCUUACCUUUGUCCUUGGCAGAAACGUUAUAGCUGCAUUUCAAGAACGACAUGGACCUGUAAAAAGACAAACACCAAGUUAUCUGUUUCCUGUCCUCUUGUAUACCUGAAAUUCCAGUUUUAGGCGCUCCGUUGAAACAUUGCUCAAGCAGUUUCAUCCAACUGAAACAUUUUCCUUUUUUUUUUUUUUUAAGAGAGCUUCUUGUGAUCCUUAGGGCUUCUGUGGGAUUCCCAAUGCAGUGCUACAUUCCAAACUCAAAAGGCGUUGUGGUACGUUGUAUUGUAAAGGGACAGUUUGUACAUCUGGCUGUAAAGCGAAAGGGGGCCAAGUUUUUUCAUGAUGAUGAUUUUAACCCUGCCCUUUACUCGCUAGCGAAGGGGUUAGUGUUGCUCAAGAACCUUCCCCAUUUCAUGUGAACCUUCCCCAUUUCAUGUGGUGGCUUUGAUUUCUGAUGACAUCACUGCAGCCUCACAAGCUUUUGGGUCACAAAUCAGAGGUUCUCCUCAAGAGAAUCCUUGAUGGACUUUAUGCAGACGAGCUUGUACCAACGCUCGCCUUUCUGUGUGUUCUAGCCCUUUCCGCGCUCACGUUUGUGUUCCGUAGCCAGUUCUGCUCUCUCCUACAAAACCAAAAGCACCCGUCACACCUAAAGGCGGUGCCUGGCUUCUAGUGCAGACAGAGCGUGCGGAGCGUGGGUGUGAAGCCUCGAGAGCCUCAGUCAUUGACCUCCCUCUCCUGAGCCCUACCCACGCGAGAAGCCCUCCACUAACAAGCGCCCCACUAGCUGAAGCAUCACUCUAGCCUCUUUCCAUGUUUGAUCUUCUGUGUAGAAAACAAUUUACUACUAAAUGAUUUCAACUGUUGGCUUUCUAUAUUUUGAAAGUAAUGACCUUGUCUCCAUUUUUUACUGAUGGUUUAAUACGAAACACACGGAGCUUGUUUUCCUCCCCCUUAAGUAGGGUUAGCUCCGACACUCACGCCCUGAACAGCCCUUCCCAGGCCGAUCCCGAGGGGCCCUGUGCUUGAGCAGAGAGCUCUGCGUCACGUUGCUGCGGACAGGAGGAGGAGACAGCGCAGCCAGGCUCGUCUGUUAUCAUUUCUUGUUGAAAUGCAUGUGCACACCUAUGAGGAAACCGGUGGCCACUGGAAAAUAUUCUGCAAUGGCUGAUGGCACCCUUGCCAUUGCCGUAAUCCAGUACCUUGGUUUUCACAUUGCCUGACAAGGCAGCUUUGUUUGGGACAGGAGACGGGGACAUGCUACCCUCUCUGCCAAAGCGGGUCCAUGCCAGCGUUCAGAGUUCUCUCCGGACUGCGGUGGCUUGGCCGCUGUUGAGAGCAGUUUGGGCUGAAGGUUAUCAGGAACCUGCUUGCAUUUGUUCUACAUUCUCCAGGGCAGACCAUGACUGACAAUGCGAGAAGGAAAGAUUUGUGGAUCAAGGUCAACACUUGGCACAGAAACACAGAACAGGACUCUGGAUAUAGGGCAUCUGGCUUGUGAACGGCAUCUCAUCUUCCAUCGUCCUCUUCCCUUAAGGAGACCCUAGCGUGUGCUUGGGAAGUCUGGUUGGAAUGGCGCGAUUCAGAAUCUGCAGUGAUUGGAUGCUGGUAGCCACGUUUCUCCAGAACCAAAUCGAAAAGAGAUUCCAUCUUUGCAGAGUGCUGGGAACAUCACUUUUCUUGUCAUAUCGGUAGAGGGGCUGGAGGAGGAAGCCACGGUACCUAUGUCAUGCUGAUCCCCUUGGCCCACUGAUGUUUGCCUUGUAAGAAUUAGUCACAUUACUGGGGUUGGAAAAUCUUAACUCCAAGCUGAAGGCAUAGUCUUUUAGCUCUAUGGGUGUCUGAAGUGCAUUUAUAGCCAAAUGUUAAUAAAUAUAAAUGGAUAAUACUAAGAACCAACUUCUUUUCACUUCAACAUGUUUUCAAGGGAAACUCGCCAAACAAAUUGGAUUAGUGAAAAGUUUCCUAAAUACUUACUUUGAAUAAACCCAUUAAAUGUGUCCAAAUAUUUGGAAUUCCAGUCAUCUAUGACAGCAUAGCCCGUACAAGGCAUAUUUUGUUUUAAUUAAGAUAUCCCUGUGUAUCUACACUGGACUAAUUGCAUGUAGGUCUGAUUCCAUGUGGUCUACUGUGGAAAGCUAUUGAUUACUUCUGCAGGAAACAGCAGCUCUAAUUAGCUUCAGAUGACCCAGAGGAGAGGGAGUUAUCAGGGCUAACAAGGGGACCCUAUACUGAAGAACACAUGGAUGUACAACACAUAAAUUAAAUUUUGAAAAGCCGCAUCUAUCACCAACAAAGAUCUCAUUUUUCUUCAGCGAUAGAAGCCUAUUAGAGUUACCAAAUCCUCAAUUUGAAAAUAAAUUGCUGAUUAAAUAGCCGGGGUGGGGGAAAGACAACACAUUAGAGAGCUUCUUACACCAUCACGCCGAGCACGUGUUUCUGCCAUUCGGUGAUCUCAGUUGAGCUCAGUGGCCCUGACACCCCAUCCUGUGCCCCGGGACAGGAGCAGGCAAGCGACUUCAAUCUUUUCCAUGCCUGAUUGUCUUUUUCAGCACUCAAAGCAAACAUCAUUCACUACCUCUUGUCUUUCAGUCCCUGCAUUUAGGGAAGCACCCAAUACACGGGCUGUCUGCUGAGGCUCGGGCCUUUGGCAGAAAGCAGCUCAUUAUAGUUGACUUUGACAAAACCAACACUGUCAUUUCUGUCCAGGUCGACCAUGACUCCCAGAUCAAGGCUAGCCACACCCAACGUAGUUCAGAGAAAAAGGAAAGGCACGUUCGCCAAACCAAUUAGAAGCACAUUCAUUCCACUUCGAUGUUGAAUCUCUUUGGCUAAUCUUUGUUUUGUGUGUAUUGUUAAUAGAGCACAGGAAGGAAGGCGUGCACAAUGGAGAGAGGGAAUGAGUUCAGAAAGCCACCUGAAUCUGUAUUUUUCCACAUUUGAAUUGUUCGAGUCUCUAGUAGAAAACAUGUAAGUUGGGAACUGCAUAGGUAUUUUUCACCAAGUAUAGCAAACUGUAUCCCAAAUGCGAUAGGAGUGUGGUUUCCAUUAAAAUGAAUUGUUAAAAAAAAAACGUGUUUAUCCUGUAGUUAAAAAUGUCUUAGAAGCCGUGUGUCUGAGUUCAUCAAAUACAGGGCAGGGCUCCCCCAGGGCUGUGUGGCCUUUGGUUUGGGGUGUGUUAAGACUGUUCUUGUCAUGCGCACGCUCUGAGGAUGGGUCCUCUCCAGCUGCGUCCUGCCUCCCACCUGCCUCUUGUACAAACCCUAAGUCCAACUCUCCCCACACUCCAGCUGCUGCCCUAGGGAAGUGGGAGCAGAAGUGUUUCGAAGUCAGUGGCAAGUGCUUGGGGAAGGAGAUGUAAGAGCAGAGGGAGUUAAAAUAAAUCAGCACAUUCUUUUCUCAGAAUCCGGCAUAAAUGUAUUUCUGCCGUUAGUUUUUACCAAAGAGCGGCUUUGGAGGAGCUGUCUCUUCAGACAUGUGUUUUCAUUCAUGUAGUCAGGCAUGUACUACUUCUUUGAGUCUAAACUCUGGGCCAGAAAAGACCUGCUGAAGCGAGUUCCCAUAUUCUAGUUCUCCUUCAAAGCUGUCCUUGAUCUCCUGAAUUCAUACCCCUGUGAUCUUUGUUGCUUCUGCUCUUUGAUAAAGCAAAUGAGAUCAUGGGAGACCCGUCUUUUUAAGAAAGACCAAAAGCAAUGGCAACAGGCAAGAGGAAAUUGCGAAUGGCCCAGGCACGGUCCCAGCAGAAGGGCCGAUCUGCACUGACCUUGAGGAGUUUGGAGAGAGGAGGCGAAUCGAGGUGCAACAGGACACCUGGGUGGGUGACGAUCAUACAGUCCAUGGAUGUCCCUUACUGAUCCAGAUAGGAAUCGUGUCCUAACAAAAGAGCAGAGUUCCUUCAAUUAGACAAAAGUGUCUCUGGGGGAAGCAAGCCUGAACUAAUACCUGGAUAACAGAGAACAUGUCUUUUUAGAGAUUCAAAAAGAGUAAAACAGCUGGGAAUUGGGUUGGACAUCCUAAGAAGCUAAGUUCUUCUCUUAUUCCUGAGACAGGCUUCUCAUGUAUAGAUCGGACACGUCUUAAGUUUGACACAGCUUUUAUUCUCACGUGACCAUUUGUUUUCAGCCUAUUGUCUGGAAUUCUUCAUGAGGGCGAUGCCUCCAAAACACACUCUCACUGCAGAGGCCUUAAAUCUGUGGGUUUCGCCACUGCCUCCAACCCGGGGGGUAAUAGUAGGACAUUUCAUUUCACAAGGAUAGUGGCUGACUCAGUUCUCUUUCCUAUUGAUUGAUGCCCCCCACUCCCUACCCUUGUCACGUAUUGCCUGAAUGUGUAACACGGUCCGUUCCCAUCAAUUCCUCAUCCUCGUCCCUCUAAAUGUAGUCGGACCCAACGGCUUCUUGUUCCAGCAGAGGCCUUUUUUACACGUAGACCCUGGCCUUUUGAAGGUGGAGACGCCUUUCUUAGGAGCCAGGAGAUCUGAAGAUGAUACUAAUCCCUGAGUAGGAAGUUCGGCCAUUCGACAUCUCCCUGAGCCCCCUCCUAGCUCAGCCUCACCUGCUGCAGCCUCUGCAGGCAUCCCUUUCUUGCCCGCUGCUCUCUGAUGAGCUCCCCUUGCCUCCUGAGACGGCUCGGGGUGUUCAUUAGGAUGCGCCACCUGCACUACUGAUGGCUCUGAGACCCAGCCCGGAGGGGUGGGGACGGCCCACAGACCCUGCUGUCAUCAGCUGCCUGCAGAGAACCGCAGCCCCCCGAGGUCUCCAGCUCAUUUGACCAGCGCAGCUGUGACUUCGCCGUGUGCCUCUGGCAGGUGCCCACAUCGGCAUCUUGUCCCACUGCCACGGGGAGUUUAUUCUUGCUCCAGGGCAGCCGCCAAGCUUGGCACUGGCCCCCAGUGAAGGUUUGCUCUGGAUUUUCUUCUCUUCAUCCCAGGCUGGGCUUUCUUACCAGUCCCCGUCGUCUGUUUUGUAGAAAGUGCCAAGAGACUGGCCAGAGACCAUGAGCCCCUUCCUUUGUUUUAACAUCUCUUCCCACUCACGCAGCCUCCCCUGACAGACAGCGCGACCCAUCGUAAGUACUUAGCACUUGGCAAGUUAGAAAACUUUGGGAACUCAAAGGGCUUGAUUCUGUAAGACGGUAACAAGAACUGGCCUAUUUGCAUCGUCUUGAUGGCACCUGAAGGCCCCUCCUGAGGUUCUCAGACCUCCUGGCUCCAAGCAGCUUUCUACACGCCCACUAUUUUCCUGGUGAAAAAUGAAAAACUAGCAUGUGUCCUAGGAGGAGCUGAGCGUGAUCAGAAAGGCUAGGACCCCAAAGCGGGUGGACAAAUUUCACGGGAAGUUAGCCAGCGAGUCUGCUGAUACUUUAAAUCUGAGACCAGGAUGCUGGCAAGUAAGCAGGACCACUCCACCAGUCCCAGCCCAACCCCAGGGAUGGAAUCUGAGAAGCAAACGCAGGUGCUUACCAAUUCAGUGCAUUUUUUGAACAUCUACAUUAGUUGAGCGAACCAUCCUUGGGAGCUGAAGGUCCCCCAAGGGUCACCUGAGAAGAUGGGGCCCUCUGACAGCAGCUUAGACACCCACCUUUCCCAGAGUGGCAGAACCCUUCACUUCCGUAUCCUGGGGAGAAUCAAACUUCUCUGUAUGAAUAGUCACAAAACUAUUGCUCAGAUUCAGCCUCUGAGAAGUCUGUUUAUAUGCGUCCAACCACCCCCCGCCCAGCUCCACCAUAUGGGGAAGGCAGACACCCGCCUCAGCUUGAGCCUCCCAGGCUGCCACGGAGAACCGGUGGGAACGCACUAUGAGCCUCAGGGCCGGGAGCGUGGCCAGGUGGACCUGCCUGUGAACUGUCCCAGCCAUCAGGUCCCAGCCACGGUGCAGGGGACAAUGGGAGACACCAGCCUGCUGUAGCCCCGGAAAGCAAACACUCGGCAGUGCCCGCUCAACAUGGCAAAACCGUGAAUGAGCAGUGACCCCUGGUACCCGGCAGACGUGACAUCACAAGGUUAAAGUAGGAUGAAGAAUUGGAACCACUGAUGAUGGAUGCCCUGCGUAUGGCAACCACGGGGCUGUUCCCGGAGGUGAAGGUCUGUCCUCUUGUCACUGCGGCCGGCCGGCAGGGUGUCUGUCGCAGGGACAGCUGCAGGCGAGUGCUCCCGGCCUUCUCGGCACCAUGGCGGGUAAGCUCCCUCUGCCCCAGACGCUGCGGAGUGGUGGGAUCCAGCACCUUCUUCGGCGAGCAAAGCGUGCUCGCUCUGGACUUUGUUUUGUUUUUUUUAUUUCUUAGCUUUAGCUAAA